AUGGUCAGCUCCUGUUGUGGCUCUGUCUGCUCUGAGGAGGGCUGUGGCCAAGGCUGCUGCCAGCCCAGCUGCUGCCGUCCCAGCUGCUGUGUGUCCAGCUGCUGUAGGCCCAGCUGCUGCAGGCCCAGCUGCUGUAGGCCCAGCUGCUGUGUGGCCAGCUGCUGCAGGCCCAGCUGCUGCCAGUCUGUGUGCUGCCAGCCCACCUGCUGUCGCCCCAGCUGCUGCAGACCCUCCUGCUGCCAGCCCAGCUGCUGCCGCCCCAGCUGCUGCAUCUCCAGCUGCUGCCAGCCCUCCUGUGGUGGUUCCAGCUGCUGCAGUCCUUGCUGCCAGCCCUGCUGCCGCCCCUGCUGCCGCCCCUGCUGCUGCCUGCGUCCAGUCUGUGGUCAGGUCUGCUGCCAGAGCACUUGCUACCACCCCACCUGUGUCAUCUCCACCUGCCCCCGCCCCAUGUGCUGUGUCAGCUCCUGUUGUGGCUCUGUCUGCUCUGAGGAGGGCUGUGGCCAAGGCUGCUGCCAGCCCAGCUGCUGCCGCCCCAGCUGCUGCAUCUCCAGCUGCUGCCAGCCCUCCUGUGGUGGUGGUUCCAGCUGUUGCAGUCCUUGCUGCCAGCCCUGCUGCCGCCCCUGCUGCCGCCCCUGCUGCUGCCUGCGUCCAGUCUGCGGUCAGGUCUGCUGCCAGAGCACUUGCUACCGCCCCACCUGUGUCAUCUCCACCUGCCCCCGCCCCAUGUGCUGUGCCACCCCUUGCUGCUGCUAA